AUGUCUUCCCAUCCCUGUAUUUUGCAAACCCUUUUGAGACAAGUAGACAAAGGCAUGAGAUCUUUGCUUGUAUUUGUACGAUGGAACAUGCAUGUGAGCAUAUCCUAUGGAAUUUGUCUUGGUGUGAAUAUGAGGAAGGUGCUUUAUAUUUUGGGCCAAAUUGUUUUUGGGAAAGAUAAAGAAGCUAAAAAAGCAGUGGUUGAUGACAUGAUUCUCUCUACUGUUGAGAGAAACAGAGCAUUUUCCAGCCCUAUCCUUCAUGACAAAGGUCCUCCUCCUAAAACCCAGAAAACACCUCUCAUUAUAAUGGCCAAAGUAGCAUCAAAGUGCCUCUUCUUAUUCUUCUGUUCCCUUCUCACUGUUAGCUCUUCUGGAACUCUAGUGGGUUUCUCCUACAAUGCCAGAGGAAUCACUGCAGCUUCUUCGCUUAGCAGAACAGUAUCAUUCCUUGAGCUAAACAAGGUCUCUGCAAGUCAUAUUAGGGUUUUCGCUGCAGAUCAAGGGGUUUUGACUACACUUUCCAAAUUUAAUGUGCCUGUUGAUCUUUAUUUAGAUGACAACUUGGUUGAGAAUUUGAUAAUUUCUAAGCCAUCUGCUAUUUCUUGGCUUAAGACCCAAAUAGGGACCUUUCUACCCCAUGUGAACAUCAAAAGCAUCAUUGUACAUGGCAACAAAGACUUGUCAAAGCUUUUAUCCACCAUGAAAUCAAUCCAUUCAGCCCUCAAUAGUAUUCGUGUUGACAAUGAAGUUAAGGUCUCAGUAGCAUUUUCAUUGUCGUUCUUAGAAAAUUUGAAUAGAACACAAGAAAAUGACCUCCGUAGGAUUUUGGGAUUUGUCAAAAGAUCUAGGUCUUUUGUCAUUGUAGAAAUCAGUAUUGAUAUCGAUGUAGAACUGGGCAUGAAAGAUCUUUUUAUUCAAUCAAUGAUCCAAAAGGUUACAGUUGCCACUUCUCUACUUUCUCCCCAUGAUGUUCCCAUAGUUAUGACAAUCAAGAGCCUUGCUAUUCCCAGUGCACAAGAAGUAGCUGAAUUUGGAGAUAGGGUUUCAAAAUCCUUAGAAAACACUAAGAUCACAGGUCAGGUAGCUGGGUUGUAUGCAGAGGUAUCUUCUGUAGAAGAUUUCGUGGAAAAAGAGCUGAAGAGGGAACAUGAACAAAUCUUUCCUUCAUCUCGGAGAGAACUCUUAAGAAACUUCAAAAUUACUUUACAUGAUGAUGUAAUUAACACGCCAACAGUUUUUCCAACAAAUCCUGGAUCAUCACCACCAGGGACUCUCCUGCCAGAAACUCCAACACCAACCAUAGUCACUGUCCCUGCUACCAAUCCUGCCAAUCCAGUCACUGGAACACCUACCAAUCCUGUAUCUACUCCGUUACCUGUCAAUGGCCCCCCUACAAGUCCUUCCGUCAAUCCACCAGCACCAAUUAGUAAUCCAGUCACAACACCAGCACCUAUUACAGUUCCAGGAGCACAACCAGUAACUAAUCCUGUGACAGCAUAUCCACCUCCAGCAGGCAAUGUUCCAGUCACAAAUCCUAUGGCACCUCCUGCACCAGUAACAAAUCCUGUGGCACCUCCUGCACCAGUCACAAAUCCUGUGGCACCUCCCGCAACAACAAAUGCUCCAGCAAUUCCAGGACAGAGCUGGUGUGUGGCCAAGUCCGGAGUGACGGAGACAGCACUUCAGUCGGCAUUGGAUUACGCAUGUGGAAUGGGAGGUGCUGAUUGUUCACAGAUCCAGCAAGGUGGGAACUGUUACAAUCCAAACUCUCUUCAAAACCAUGCUUCGUAUGCAUUCAACAGCUAUUAUCAGAAGAAUCCUGCGGCAACCAGCUGUGAUUUCGGAGGGGCAGCCGCUAUAGUGAAUGCGAAUCCAAGUAAGAAAUCUAAUUGA